UGUCUGCACCUGCACGGUGAGCACUUUGCGUCUUGCAGCCAGUCUCGUCUCCACGGACCUCCCUGGUGGCUGCACGUCAUCACCGCGCAGCUGACGUGUUUCCGGCGCCGUCUUGGGGGUGGGGAGGCGUGACGGUGCGCGAGUCCACGGGAAGAUCAACAGCCGCGGAUGAGCUGCGGCUGGAGGCGACCCACCGCGUGGACCCCCCGCCCCCCUUUCCCCGCCUCUGCUGCGGCUGUCAGACACCCGGAGCACCCAAAACACACAAACAUUCCGGUUUUUUUGUUUUUUUUUGAGAGGGGGCUUGGGGUGAAUCUUGCAGCCCACGGGACACCUGUAAGCGUUGCGGUGGUUCCGGAGGAGGCGUCCGGACCCCCGCCCCCCUCCAUCCCCUCGUCUCCCCUCCCCAGCCAUGGUGGUGUUCAACGGGCAGCUGCGCAUCAGGAUCUGCGAGGCGCUGGACCUGAAGCCCACGGCGUGGUCCCUGCGUCACGCCGUGGGGGCCGCCGCCAAGAGCUCCAAUAAGGGCUCGGUGCUGGACACGUACAUGGCGCUCAACGUGGACGAGUCGCGGGUGGGCCAGACGUGCACCCGGCCGCGCACCGACAGCCCGGCGUGGAACGACGACUUCACGGCGGAGGUGCGCGACGGCCGCGCCAUCGAGCUGGCCGUCUUCCACGACGCGCCCAUCGGCUACGACGACUUCGUGGCCAACUGCAUCAUCCGCUUCGACGACCUCCUGCACGGCGGCAGCAAACACUUCGAGGAUUGGGUAGACUUGGAACCUGAGGGGAAAGUAUACGUUAUCAUUGAUCUUUCCGAAUCGACAAGUGAAGCGGCGACGGUCAGCAGCGACAAUGAGGAGCGCGUCUUUCGCCAGCGGAUGCGUCCCAGGAAGCGUCAGGGCGCCCUUCGCCGACGGGUCCACCAGGUCAACGGGCACAAGUUCAUGGCCACCUACCUGAGGCAGCCCACCUACUGCUCGCACUGCCGCGACUUCAUAUGGGGCGUGUUGGGCAAGCAGGGCUACCAGUGUCAAGGUAGGAAAGAUCUCAGCAAUGAUUCCGCCCCCGGACUGGAUGCGUGGUGUGUGUUCCGGUGUUGUUAUUGUCGCGUUCUUGUCCAAGUAUGCACGUGCGUGGUCCACAAGCGCUGCCACGAGCUCAUCAUCACCAAGUGUGCCGCCAUGAAGAAGCAGGAAGACAAAGCGGAGGAGCCGGUGGCCUCGCAGAGGUUCAGCGUCAACUUGCCGCACAAGUUCCGCAUCCACAAUUUUAAAGUUCUCACCUUCUGCGACCACUGCGGCUCGCUGCUGUGGGGGCUCCUCAGGCAAGGGCUGCAGUGCAAAGUGUGUAAGGUGAACGUCCACCGGCGCUGCGAGAGUAACGUGGCGCCCAACUGCGGCGUGGACGCGCGCGGCAUCGCCAAAGUCCUGUCCGACCUCGGGGUCACCCCGGACAAGAUCUCCAACAGCACGCAGAGGCGCAAAAAGUCGGCGAACCCGCAGCUCCCUCAGGUUCGCGACCCCGAGCGACUUCCCGGCUUGCCUCGGACGGAAGAGGACCGGUCCAGGUCGGCCCCGACGUCUCCGUGCGACCCGGACGCCAAGGAGCUGGAGAACAUCCGCAAAGCUCUGUCCUUUGACCACCGCGGCCACGCGUCGUCGGCGCUGUCGUCCGUCGCCACGGUCGCAGAAGACCGACGGGAAAACGGCGAGGUCGAGGGUCACGGCGCCGCCCAGCCGAAACGGAUCAACCUGACUGACUUUGUUUUUAUCAAAGUGCUGGGAAAAGGAAGCUUUGGAAAGGUGAUGCUGGCCGAGCUGAGGGGCGGUGACGAGGUUUACGCCGUCAAGGUGCUGAAGAAGGACGUCAUCCUGCAGGACGACGACGUGGACUGCACGCUGACCGAGAAGCGCAUCCUGGCGCUGGCCCGCAAACAUCCCUACCUGACGCAGCUGCACUGCUGCUUCCAGACCAAAGACCGCCUCUUCUUCGUGAUGGAGUACGUGAACGGCGGCGACCUGAUGUUCCAGAUCCAGCGCUCCAGGAAGUUCGACGAGGCCCGCUCGCGAUUCUACGCCGCCGAAGUCACGUCGGCGCUGAUGUUCCUGCACCGGCACGGCGUCAUUUACAGGGACUUGAAGCUGGACAACAUCCUGCUGGACGCAGACGGACACUGUAAGCUGGCAGACUUCGGCAUGUGCAAGGAGGGCAUCCUCAACGGGGUCAGCACCAACACCUUCUGCGGGACGCCAGACUACAUCGCGCCAGAGAUCCUCCAGGAGCUGGACUACGGCCCGUCGGUGGACUGGUGGGCUCUGGGGGUCCUGAUGUACGAGAUGAUGGCGGGUCAGCCUCCGUUCGAGGCCGACAACGAGGACGACCUGUUCGAGUCCAUCCUGCACGACGACGUGCUCUACCCGGUCUGGCUCAGCAAGGAGGCCGUCGGCGUCCUCAAAGAGUUCAUGACCAAAAAUCCCAGCAAGCGUCUGGGCUGCGUGGCGGCUCACGGCCUGGAGGACGCCAUCAAGCUCCACCCCUUUUUCAGAGCCAUCGACUGGACGCUGCUGGAGGCUCGCAAGAUGCAACCGCCGUUCAAGCCUCGCAUCAAAACCAAACGGGACGUGAACAACUUCGACCAGGACUUCACGCGGGAAGAACCCGUCCUGACGCCGGUGGACGACAGCGUGGUCAAGCAGAUCAACCAGGACGAGUUCCAAGGUUUCUCCUACUUUGCGGAGGACAUUGCGGCGUAGACGCAUAACGUAGCCCUCGACGCUUACGACUCGUACGACGACAUCUUCGCAGAACCAAAAGUGAACUUGGCUGAUUCUUCGCCAGGAAUUAUACUAGGCCAUCUGUGUUCCAAUGUACGAUUUUGAGCGUUCAUCCGCCGAUGAACCCGAGUCGCCGUUGAUUUUGUGCAUGUGUGACUCGUGGCCUGAAAUCCUCUCACGCGUCAUUUCCUAUUCACCACCACCGUGUGCAUUGCUUUCUCGCGCUUUCAACGCAUCGAAAGCCGACGACGUGCGUUGUAGUGCUCCAGCACAGCAGUAUUAAAACCACCUGUUGGACUUCUUGGUAAAAAGUGGACAUUCUUCUGACAUUUUGAACAUUUUCAAGUUUUUAUUUUUCCUAUUUUGAGUUGUCAGUCAAAUGCCGCUUGAGUGACUUUGGGUCAGCACCUGGGGGUCAAAAUUGGUGCGGUGUGCGCAAGCGACGUUCUUUCACCUGCAAGCGUUCGUACCAGCAAAAACACAUUUUGUCUGCAUUGCCAAUGCAGUGCUACCUUGACUUACAAGUGCCCCAACUUAUGAGUUUUGCAUGUUACGUGGCAAAUUUUUAGAUGACGAGAGAGCUUCAUAUUUCUUCGCUGCUCGACUGAAGUGGAAAUUAAGGUACAGUGGACCCCCGCAUACUUGCUUCGGCACCCACGGAUUCAGCGAUUAAUGGAUUUAUUUUAUUUUUUCCACAUUUUUCCCAGUUUUUUUUUUUAAAUUGAAUUAGUUCUUUCAACCUUGAAACCCUGAAAACACCAAUCGGCAGUUUAUCCCCGCUUAUUCAAGAAUUUGUUUUGUUUGGAAAAAAAUCCUCCCCAUGCAAUUAUAAUGGCCGUCAAGUAUCCGCAGAUUUUCGGUUUUCGCGGUCCGGCUUGGCCCCGCGGGGGUCUUCUGUACUCUGAUGCCCUUGCGUGUGGGCAAGGCGAGCCGCGGUCGCCGAUGCACUUAACAGCGGAACCUCGGUUUUUAUGAUGAAUCCAUUCCAAAAAGUCUGACUAAAACCGAAUUGUACAAAACCCUAAACAAUAUUUUCCAUAGGAAAUAAUGUAAAUAAUGUAAGUUCCAUAGUCUAGAAUCUAGGCAUCCAAAAAUAUGAACAACACAUACAUCUUCUAGAGAAUAACUAAAAUUUCACAGACAGAAAACAGUUUGAAAUAGCAGGGCAACAUCGCUAUAACAUCCUCCUUCAAAAUAAAAGCACGGCAGUAUAAUAACCCAAACUAUUUUGUUCUUGUUUAUUGAGUGCGACUGCUAAAUUAGCCACUAAGAGGUCAAAGAGAGUGAGGCAAAACUAUUAUUUUACUGCUAGCUUUUAUCUUGAAGGUCUGACUUUUGGCAGGAUGUGUUACGCUGAUGUUGCCGAGCAGACCGGGAGGCUUGUUAUUGCCGUGUGUCAUUAAUAAACGCUUGCGUUGUGGAGUGCGCCUUCCGUUGUCCGUUGUACCCUUUUUUACACAACUUACGAAAUGCUUAGGAAGAGUGUGCACCGAUUCCGGGAAAUGAAUGCCUCGGUUUCUUUUGUAUGAAAACUGAAUGGACGUAUGGAAGCUGGGGCAAAAUUUGGAUGAAACAAAAUUGUCAAAAACCGAAUUGUCCGAAAACUAGAGUGAAUGAAAACCAACGAUCCACUUACUGAACGGUAAAUUUCAUUUAAAUUCAAUGAGAAGAAUUUAUUUGAUUUCCAAGGAAACUGAGUUCGUCCAGGCACCACUGCACUAAUAUUGCCCGCAGGUGUGAAUGUGAGUGCGAAUGGUUGUUUGUUUGUAUGCGCCCUGCGAUUGGCUGGCGACCGGUUCGGGGUGCACCCCGCCUCCUGCCCGACGAUAGCUGGGAUAGGCUCCAGCACGCCCGCGACCCGCGUGAGGAGAAGCGGCUCCGAAAAUGGAUGGAUGGAUGGAUUUCAGUCCCUGUUAUGUGUAUUUAAGUGCAAAAAAAAGUUGUUGUGUGGGUUUCAAGUGAAUAGUUCAUGCUCAAAUCAGUGAAACUGAAACAUAAAGCAUGACCCCAAAACAAAACAAAGUUUCAUAAGCAACAUCACAAUUGACUCGUUGUACGCCCUGGGAAAGUGGCUGAACUUAUCAAUUCCAUGUGAUUUUCUUUCCCACCAGAAAUCCGAGAGGGGAAAUUGUCAGAUAUGACUUAUUAUUGAGCAACAGCAACUCCUUUUAAAAUACUAUUUUAUUUAUGAAUAUUGUUGAUGAGAUUUAGUACUGUCAGGAAAAUUCCCAUUUUUCAACUUGUCGAUGAUUUGCAACGGUAGAAGACAAAACGAUACAAAGGAAACUCAAUGCUGACGAGCUUUAGACCGCAUAGAUGAGAUUUUAUUUAUUGAUUUGAUUUUACAAGGUUGAUAAGCGUGUCGUCGAUAGCAAGAUUGUCGUCGUGCUCGUUGGUUGACCUGCGCAGGCUCGUUUUUUCCGUCCCGGAACUCGCCUUCCCGCUAAACGUUUUGAGCAUUCAUACGCUGCAAUUCUGCCCGCAUUACUGACAAUAUUCGCUUAUUCUAAGGUCAAAUAAAUGACCACCUUGACGGCUUUGCAUACUCAAGACAUUUUUUAUUUUUUUUUUGCAUUCGUGUUAAUGUUGAGGAAAAUCUGUAAUUUGUUGACUUGCCUUGAAAAAUAAAAAUGCUAGUAACGCAGCUCACGGAUGUUUUGAAAAUUCAGCCCCCUGCGGCAAAAAAGAAAAACGCUCCAGAAACUCUUCCUGAGAAGACACAGGAAGUUCGCCAUUUUGGUUUAAAGUGGCCAUUUUAGCAUAUCGGCAAACAGCUCAGCACAGGAAUGCUUUGAAAAGUCCGUGGUGAGGAAUUUGACUUUUCGUCAUUGUGUGUGGGCGGAGCACGGCGCCGAAGUUUGAUGUCUGGCCAUAAAAUGUAAAAUGAAUUAAGUCGGCUGUCAGAAAUGUACAGAUGCAAUAACCGAUCCUGAUCAAACUCGCGUCAACCUCGUUGCCCUCGCCAAGUGUUACGUGUACAUUGGGUAUUUUCGUUACUUUCUUUGUGUCAGUUCCCCAUGUUGCCAAGUGUGCUGCAUUUUCAAAGGACGUGAAGUGUAUUAAAUUAAACUCAUGAUGUCACGUG